AUGCCCGAAUCAGCCGCCAUUCAACGCUUCGGAGCUUCCCUCUUCUCUCCACAACCCACUCUCCGAAAACCGUCCAUCAUACUCGGACCUCGUAUACACUCCAUCCCAUAUCACAUCCCACACACAACCAUCACCAUCAUGCCGACCGAUCUAGAACAACUGCUCGACAUGGGCUUCGACAACGAACGCGCAACUCUCGCCUCCAAAGCCACAGGCAGUCUCCAAGACGCCAUCGACUGGCUAGAAAAGAACCAAGAGACCCCUAUCGACGACCUCAAAGCCGCACAAGCCCAAGCAUCCACCUCAGACGAACCGCCCGCGCUGCAGGCCGGCGAAGUCGCCCAGUCCCUCGUCUGCAACGACUGCGGCAAGAAGUUCCGCUCACAGGCUCAGGCCGAGUGGCACGCAUCCAAGACGGAGCACGUCGACUUUUCUGAAUCGACCGAGGAGAUCAAGCCGUUGACAGAGGAGGAGAAGAAGCAGCGGCUCGAGGAGCUGAAAGAGAGGCUCGCUGCUAAGCGUGCCACGCAGGCGGAGCAGGAGAAGGAGGAACGCAAACAGAACGAGAAGAUCCGCAUGAAGUCGACCAAGGAGAGUCAGGAUAUCAAGGAGGAGCUGCGCAAGAAGGAACAGCUCAAGGAGAUGCAAGCAAAGAGGAAGGAAAAGCAGGAGGAAGCCGAGGCUAGGAAACGCGUACUGGCGAAGCUGGAGGCCGAUAAGCUGGAGAGGAAGAGAAAGGUCGAGGCGGAGAAGGCAGCCCGCGCUGGCAAGGCACCUCCGCCUGUUGCGGAACCUGCUGCUGCUACGUCUUCGGGACCUACGACGUCAAAACCUGCGUCUGCGUAUACAGAGGCGAGGCUGGCGCUCCAGACGCCGGGUGGUCGCGUCAUGAAGACGUUCCCGGUCGAGACGACGCUGUUUGAGGUUGCGCAUGCGUUGGAGCAAGAUGGCCUUCAGGUCAACACCUUCACGCAGAAUUUCCCCAAGAAGGUCUACGACAAGUCCGACUUUGGACUUUCUCUCAAGGAGGCUGGUAUGGUUCCCAGCGCUGCAUUGAUCGUGGGUUAAAGCGAGGGGGUUAUGGGAGUUGGACCAAUCUAUGACGAGUAACGAUGAAGCUCUUCUCAAACAAAAUCUUUCGGACAUGUCCAUUUCCAAUCACACUAAAAUAAUACUCUAUCGUGAGCCUUCAUGAAACUCCAGAUAGAUGCAACUAAUGGAAUAUGCAAAACACCAUCCUGCCUUGAUUUCGCAUUGCCCCAAACGCCAGACUCCCUAAAACAUACCCAUGAUCUCAUCC